CUCACGUGACCAGGAGUCGACGUGUGCAGAAGUCCUGCUAGUUUGGUCCUUGUUCUCGCCUGGGUACCAGCUUCAUUCUGUAGCGCGACUGCGGGGCCUGAGGCCAGGGAAAGGAGAAAGCCAAUCUGCCGGAAUUUUGCAGAUCUGCAGGUCUGUUGUUCAUAGCACUGAGCAAAGCUAGAAAAGACGAGAAAGAAACUGACCGGAUCAAUACUGAAGUAAUUGUAUUCAAAGAGGAAUAAGCAGAGAAAAAGGAGGAAAGGAGGGAAGAGAGCCACAAGAUGAAACCCUGUCAAAGUGAAGGAAAACCAGAAAAUGAGAGCGAACCAAAGCUUGAGGAAGAGCCAAAGCCUGAGGAAAAGCCAGAGGAGGAGGAAGAACCAGAAGAGGAGGAAAAAACAGAAGGAACUUUUAGAGAAAGGCUGAUUCAGUCUCUCCAGGAAUUUAAAGAAGAUAUACACAACAGGCAUUUAAGCAAGGAUGAUAUGUUUAGAGAGGUGAAUGAAAUAGAUGAGAUAAGGAGAGUAAGAAACAAACUUAUAGUGAUGCGUUGGAAGGUUAAUCGAAACCAUCCUUACCCCUACUUAAUGUAGUUUAUCUUGAUUUUUAUUCUUUCUGAUACUAACAUUGCCAUAUAGCUUUCUUUUGAUUUGCAUUUUCCUGAUAAACAUUUGUCCAUUUUUCUACUUUAACUUGUUGCUUGCUAUUAGUGGUUUUAGAUGCAUCUCUUCUUAUAUUGCAUUCUCACAGUUUAUCAUAUUUUGAACCAAUCCCCAAGUCUCUGCCUUUUAAUAGGAGAGCUUUACUCAUUUGUACAAAAAGAAGUUCCUGACAGGAUAUAAAAUGAAAAAAACGUUACUAAGUAAUAUGUGAAUAUCAUAUUUUUAAAAGGGAAGAGUACAUUUGUAUAUUGCAUAUAUGCACAGAAAAACGUGUGAAGGAUGAAAGACAAAAAAAGUACAGUCAGUGGUAGGAUUAUGAGUGAUUUUUAAAAUUCUGCUUAUUUGUAUUUUUCCUUAUUCUUAGAAUGUA